AUGGCUCGGUGACAUUGAAAAUGAUUGUUAACACCUGAACAUCAUUAAUCGAUUUACUCGGGAGAUAUUGAGGAAUAACAUGAAUACCAACGGCUUAUUGUUUGCUUUAUUUGCGUUUACUAUAAGAAUUAUAACAGUGCAAUGUAUGGACUACGUACAUGGAUUUAAUUGUGAUUUUGAGACUAAUAUUUGUGGAUGGCGCAAUGAUAAGGAGAAUGGAUAUUUAUUUUGGAAGCGUUCGAGCGGAUUAGUACCAUCCGAACACACCGGCAAAUGGAACCAAGAUACUAAUUGGUAUCUGCAAAUCAAAACUGACAGUUCUUCAAGCAGCGCGCAGGUAGGGGCUUUAGCCUCCCCCGAAGUUCCGCCUACACAGGACAAUGGGGCAUGCCUCAGUUUCAUCCAUUUCAUCCAAGGCGACGACGAGGACGCCCUCUCCGUCCGAAUAUCUACAGGCGUGGAUGAGGAGCUAUGGAGAAUCACGGGUUCCCAUGGCAACGCGUGGGAGAAGAAAUCAUUAUGGAUACCACCGACCUACCUCCCAGGUCACAUCAUGUUUACUGGUGAGCUGCACGGCCCUUUGUCAUCAAUAGCAUUAGAUGACGUCACAAUUGAAAUCGGGUACUGUGAUCUUGAAUCAGCAAUGGUUACACUGCCUCCACUCGUACCCCUUCCAUGGGAUUGCGACUUUGAGGAGGACGAUUUGUGCUCGUGGGUCCAGGACACCAGCGACGAUUUUGAUUGGAUCAUUCAAACUGGUAGCACGGUAACCGUCGGAACCGGACCCCCCGCAGACCACACAACUCAAAAUAAAAAUGGUCACUACGUAGCUAUCGAUACCAGUUCAACUCAAUUGGAGCAGAAAGCGCGCCUUUACAGUGACGUCAUCGACGAUAAUCCAUCCAUGUGUCUCAUCUUCUGGUAUCAUAUGUACGGAGCACACGUUGGAACACUAAAUGUUGGCUAUGGAGACAUGGCCGGUUAUCCAGUUGGUCUUGCACUUUGGACCAGGUCUGGGGAGCAGGACUAUAACUGGCAGUACGGUCACGUGGCCAUCUCGCCCACGUCUUCCACUCCACGUGUUUUCUUCGAAGGCAUCGCAGGAAACGGGGACCAGGGAGAUAUAGCGAUUGAUGACGUCAUAAUUGUGAAUGAUUCAUGCCCUGCACUUUUAUAUUGUGACUUUCAAUCCAGUGAUCUAUGCGGUUAUACAAACGAUGAUGAGGCAAGAUUAGAAUGGACAAGGGACCGAGGGCUCUCCGCCGUAUCCGCAGGACCUUACGUAGAUCACUCAACAGGUACCGCCGACGGGUUCUAUAUGAGAGUCAAAACUGGUCAGUUUCUACGUAGAGGCGAUCAAGGUAUCCUAACCUCGUCGUCUUACCCGCGACCCAUCAGCGGCUAUCGAUGCCUGGAAUUCUGGUACAUGAUAAAUGAGGAUAUAGGGGAGUUCACAGUGACUGCAGUGUUCUUGGAUAUUACCCAGUCUGAUGUCUCAUCCCUAUCUCAAACAUUUACGGGUCCAACGGGAAGCUUCUGGCGGAAGGGGUCAAUGGAGGUCGAGACGAUUCAAGAGAAUCUCUUCCGGUUCAUGCUGACCGUUGAGGAUACUAUAUCCGGGGCCUAUGUUGCCAUUGAUGACGUUUUCGUGAAAGGCGAAAGAUGUACUGGACAGAAAGGUUCAUGUGACUUUGAAGUCGACCUUUGUGAUUGGUCGAACACGGAGAAUCGUGACGAGAUUGACUGGUUACGUCACAGCGGGGACACAGGCAACGAACUGGGUAGCCCUGAUGUCGACCAUACCACCGGGACUCCGUCCGGCUGGUACUUGUUCAUCGACUCGUCUCUGAGCUCCUUCGGCUCACGGGCGAGACUCGAGUCGACUGGCCUCGAGACGGGUUCGGCCUCGGUCUGUUUCGGUCUCUGGUACCACAUGUCUUGCUCUGGGGACAGCGAAAAUACUUUGACUGUUGCCACGGAGACCGCUUCAAAUUCCGUCAACCUUUGGACCUUCACGGGGGUCAAAGGUCAAGAGUGGAAUAGAGAACAAAUUAGCUUUGCACAUUCUGGCCCUUAUAGGCUUUUAAUUGAAGGCACACUGGGGGCAUCAUCUCUUUGUGACGUAGCAAUAGACGACCUCACGUUUAGCGAGGGCGCCUGCGACGACGAAGGCACACCAGCCCCGCCUUUUGAGUGUGCAACUGGUGGGCUGGUCAUCAACCCUCAACAGAUAUGUGACAUGCGGUCCGAUUGUCCCGGUGGAUCAGAUGAACUCAAUUGUGGUAUAUGUAACUUUCAAGAAGACCAAUGUGGAUAUACAACCGAUCCCACCAGUCUCUUUCCAUGGAUCCGCUAUGGCAAAGAUGUCCCGACCACACCGCCUCCAACCCUUGUACUUCCUGUAACGAAUCCCUUCUAUUCCAACCGGACAUACAUGAUUGUUGACAACACGGCAAUGCCUCUAGAUGGGACUGAGUACUCCAGGUUGGUCAGUCCGGUGAUUCAGGAAGUUGGGUCUGACUGUCUGAUGGAAUUUUCCUAUUACCUGAGUGGACUAGAUACUCUUAUGGUGACCUAUACAAGUGAUUUUGAAGAAGAGACGACCCUCUACCGAGCAGCUAAGCCUGCUAUUGAUUCUUGGCAGCCAGCAGUCCUAUCCGUGGGACGCAUUAGUCAUCCAUUCCAGUUCAACUUUUUAGCGACACAUUACAUUGGGGGAACCCCCGGGGUUACAGCCAUCAGUGAUGUCACAAUGCUCAGAUGUGGCUUCCCCGAACCAGAGGAGACAUGUAUUAGCGAGUUCAGCUGCUCGAACAGGGCGUGCGUUUUCUUCAGUGACGUCUGCGAUUUUACUGAUGACUGCGGCGACUAUUCGGAUGAGAUCAUGUGCGAUCCUGAUAGACACACAGCACGAUGUAACUUCGAGACCAAUCUAUGUUCGUUCUCACACAUUCCGUGGGACUAUCCCUGGGUUCGUACGGCCAGUGUCCAUGUUCCCGACAAACAGUACGCACCGACCAGAGAUCACACAACCAAUGGAGCCAGCGGAUACUACUUGCUGGCCGAAGCCUUCGGGAGAGACAAAGGGGACGUCGCAAGGAUUGCGUCGCCGGUUUUCCUGGAAACAGGAAUAGCGUCGACGUGCACCAUACGGCUCUACAUUUUUGGCAAUGGUCCUGACGUUGGAACCUUAAACAUAUACACCAGGACGACCAAUGGGGGCGCUCUUAGUCUUGUCCGUAGUUAUUCCAACUUUGCAAGCGACAGUUUUAUCUAUAUUGAUGAGAGUUUGAUCGUUCUUGACAAUUUCCAGGUUAUCAUCGAAGCGAAAGUUGGCGAAGGGCCCGAAGCUGCCAUCGCGAUCGAUGACGUCAGCUUUUUGAACUGUGACCUCUCCGAAGAUCCCCUUCCUAUCGGGUCCACGACCCCUGGUCCGACCACCCUGGCGCCCUGUCCGAACGAAGAAGACUUCCAGUGCGGGGAUGGCCAGUGCGUGAGAGAACACGAGGUCUGCGAUUUUCUGACCCAGUGCUAUAACUCUAUGGACGAGAGAUUCUGCGGAAAUUGUGAAUUUGAUGAGGAUUUCUGUGGCUCUGUUCAUUUCGGCUGGCGUCGACGGGAAGCCGGUUCGGAUCCGGAUUAUCUCCCAACCGAUCACUAUUCAAACCCGGCAGCACCAGGGUACUACUUAGAGAGCAGCUAUGGAGCCAACACUUUGACCACGCCUCCAGUAGGCCCUUCCGGUCCGCAUUGUCAAGUAGAGCUCUUUUACUACAUGAGCAAUUCAUCCGCGCAGUUGGAGCUGCGAGUCUACGUGGUAUCGGGACCUCAGCUUGCUUUCUUCAGCGGGAGAGAUUCGGCGGGCCGAUGGGAGAAGGCCACUGUGAUAGUCGGAGAGUUCACCUUUCAGUUUAUGCUUGCAUUCGAUCAUUUAUAUUUCUUGCCUCCCGAUGGUGAAUUUAUGGCUCUAGAUGGUAUAUCAUUUAUCCAAUGCGACAGAAAAAUCCAAACAACGACAUCCCAAACGACUACUUCUAUUGUGACGUCAUCUAAGCCUACUCAGUCCCAGCCCCCUACAACAAGUGGCAUACCACCAACAACACGACCUACCACCAUGACCACUCAAUCAACUAGAGGGGUAUCAGAGAGUACAACAAAUGUGAGAACGACAGUGGAAAAUAAUGAUCCAACGGGAAAUUCUCCGAAUACUGCUCUUAUUGCCUCUCUGUCAGUCAUAUUCGGUGUAAUGCUUAUAGGUCUCGUCGUUCUAUCUCUCGUUUUCUGGACCAAAAAUCGAAAAAAGUAAGCGAAAUAAAAUUUUCAUUUGUCAAUCAACAUUACUGUACAACAACUAAUUGAUAAACUAUUAAUUUUUGAAGUGUAAAAACGAGAUAUUAAGUUUGUUCAAACUGUAGUAGUACCUUUUAGCAGUGAUUUUCUGUUGGUUCAAUGCUCAACUGACUU